CCAGGAAGAGGGUGCUAUAUAUAGAGAAGCCGGAGAGCAGAUCUGGGCACCUCUCCACUCAUCAGUGGAGUGCAGCAUUUCACCCAGCCUUUCUGGCAAGUGAAAACAGUUCUUUUGCUGCCCUUCUGUGAGGGAGGUAACAGACAAGGAUGGAUGCUGGACUGGCUGGGAUCCUGAGUCUCUUUUUAAUCCUCUCCAUCAUGUGCUUCAUGCUUUGGAAAAACAAUUGGAAACGAGACCAGCUCCCUCCAGGACCAGCCCCGUGGUUCCUUCUGGGCAACCUGUGGCAGAAAGACGUUCUGCCCCUGCAGAAAUCCUACCAGAAGCUCUACAAGAAGUAUGGUCCAGUGUUCACCGUCUGGCUUGGCCCAAAACCGGCUGUGGUGCUCUGCGGGUAUGAGGCGGUGAGAGACGCUUUGGUGGGUCAUGCUGAAGAAUUUGGUGGACGCGCUGCCAUUGCCAUUCAUGAGAGAGUGACGGACGGAUACGGGCUCGUCACUGGUAGUGAGAAGAAAUGGAGAGAGCUCCGCAGGUUCACAAUCACUACACUGCGGAAUUUUGGGAUGGGGAAGAAGACAAUGGCACAGCGGGUGCAGGAGGAGACUCAGUAUUUGGUGGAGGCGGUAGCAGACAUGGAAGGUGAGGCGUUCGAUCCCAUAUCCAGCGUCAGGCACGCUGUUUCUAACGUGGUUUGCGCCGUUGUCUUUGGGAGUCGUUUCAGCUACAAAGACCAGGCCUUUCUGGAGCUGUUGGGCAUGAUGGGGAACUACAGCAAUUAUUUCAUGUCUCCCUUCGCACAGGUGUACAACACCUUUCCUGGCAUCAUGCGUUACCUGCCGGGACCACACAACAAGGUCUUCAAUGAAAGUGAGAAGUUGAAGAACUUCAUCCAAAAAAGGAUUGACUCUCACAAGCGGACCCUGGAGCCAAGCUGUCCCCGGGACUACAUUGACUGUUUCCUUAUCAAGUCAGAGAAGGGAAAGAGCACGUCAGAGGAUGUAUUCAGCGAUGAAAACCUGCUCAUGGCAGUGUUUGACCUCUUUGGUGCUGGGACAGUGAGCACUGCCAAUAGCCUGUUGUUCUUCUUCUUGGUGAUGGCAAAGUUCCCACAAAUUCAAGCCAGGGUCCAGCAGGAGAUCGAGGAGGUAGUGGGGGCGACCCAUGCCCCCAGCAUGGAGGACCGGGUGAGGAUGCCGUACACCAAUGCAGUGAUCCAUGAGAUGCAGCGCAGCCAGAAAGGGCAGAUCGAGAACUUCCCCCGGGCAGUGACUCGGCGCACAGAGUUCCGGGGCUACAUCAUCCCCCAGGGCACAGCUGUUAUUCCACUGUUCAGCACUGUGCAUUCAGACCCAAAGCACUGGAAGACUCCAGAAGAGUUUAACCCAGGUCAUUUCUUGGACGAGAAGGGGGAAUUUAGGCCAAACGAGGCCUUUAUGCCUUUCUCUGCAGGAAAGCGGAUGUGCCCAGGGGAAGGGCUGGCCCGGAUGGAGCUGUUUCUCUUCUUCAGCACACUGCUACAGAACUUCACCUUCAAGCUAGCGACCGAUCCCAAAGAGAUGGACAUAUUAUCUCUGUGGGUGGACUACCAGAACAAGGGGCCAUACUGUAAAUUCCACCUCAUCAGGCGCUAAGCAAUUGGGAUGUACUGGGCUGGAGAAAUGAGAAUGCAGAGGAAACAUCCACUGUGUGCUAACAACUGAUUGCUGAGAGCAAGGGUGGUUAAAGUGUUGGACCGGGGCUCAAAAAAUCAGGGUUCAGUUCCCAGCUCUGACACAGACUCACUGUGUGACCUCGGGCAUGUCACUUAAUCUAUCUGUGCGACCUCGGGCAUGUCACUUAAUCUCUCUGUGCCUCAGUGACCCAUUUAUAAAAUGCAGAUGACAAUAGUACUGUUGUUCUCCCACCCUGUGUCUGUCUUUUCUACUUAGACAUAAUGGCGACUGUCUCUCUUGCUAAAUAUUUGUACAGCAUCUAGCACAAUGGGAACCUAAUUUUGGCUGGGGCCUUUAUACCCUACUGUAACAGAAAUAAUACCAACCACCCCUGGAUUGUCACAUCAGUGUACCCUGUUCAUUGUUUCAAAUCAAGAACAAUGCAAAACAAAUUCCCUUCACUGCCCAUGUCUACUGCAAACACCCCUUGGUGGAGGCAGAUGAUUGUACAGAAAAAAGAGAAUUUAAAAAUAAAAUACAAGCUUUAAAACUGCA